AAGGGAGAGAGAGAGAGAGAAGAAACAGAAAGAAUACCUCAUAUCCUCAUCUCUCCAUCAAAUAAUUGAACUCUUUCUCUCUCCUCGCCGAUUCCUCCUUCAACUUUCUCUUUCCUCUCUCUCUCUCUCUCUCACUGAAACAAGAGCGCGAGGCGUGGGGCGGUGGAUGAAACGGAAUCGCCAUUGAUUUUCGAUCUUAUUUACAGGAUCUGCCACGCUUCAGGCCGAACUAAAAGAGAAGACUUCUAACCGUGAAAAAGGUGUAAACAAAUAAAAACAAAAACUCGAAGGAAAGAAACCCACAAAAAAAAAAAAAAUCCUCUGUCUUGAUCUGUUUACGGAUCAAUCUGAUUCUGGGUUGGUUCUCGCCGACGAGCGAGGAGCUUGAAGUCAGUUGAUGUGACGAGGAUUUGAUCUGGUAUUGGAUUGAAACCAACAAAGGAUUGAUUAAGUUGGGAUUUUGGAUUGGAUUUUUGCUGAGUUUUUAGGUCUUGGUUAAUGGAAGGUGAUGUGGGUGCGCAAGUCGCACCUCCAAUUUUCCUUCACCAACCCCACCCAAUUCGAUUCCAUGAUGGCCCAAUCCAUGCCAAGAAGCGAGAUUUCCCAUGGCAAAACCCUAACAAUUCCAGUUAUCAGCAACAGCAGAUCAAUCAGUGGAUCCCCAAUCCAAACACCAACUGGAACCCGAGGUUGUGGGAUUGGGACAGUUCCAAAUUCACUGCAAAACCAUCACAGAAUGCUCCCAACCUCCCAAAUCUUGGAUCCAAUGAUUCGCAAUCGAAACCGAGAGCAGAAGAGGCUGUAAAGGCGCAAAAUUUGCCAAAGAAUUUGGAAGAGGAUGGUGAGACGUUGACACUGAACCUUGGAGGGGGAGUUUACUCGGCAGCACAGGAGCAGGCUGUGAGGCCAAGCAAAAGGGUUAGGUCAGGAUCUCCGGGCAGCAGGGGAAACUAUCCAAUGUGCCAGGUUGAUGAUUGUCGAGCAGAUCUAUCGGGUGCUAAGGACUAUCAUAGAAGGCAUAAAGUUUGUGAGAUUCAUAGUAAGACGACGAGGGCUCUUGUAGGGAAGCAGAUGCAGAGGUUCUGCCAACAGUGUAGCAGGUUUCACCCCCUAUCAGAAUUUGAUGAGGGGAAGAGGAGUUGCCGGCGUAGGCUUGCUGGCCAUAACCGAAGGAGGAGAAAGACUCAGCCGGAGGAUGUUUCGUCUAAGCUAUUAACGCCUGGAAAUAGGGAGAAUAUCGCAAAUGGUGGUGUUGAUAUCGUCAAUUUGUUGGCCGUUCUGGCUAAAUUGCAAGUUGCAGGUAAUAAUGGUGGUAAGCUAGCCAGUGUCCCUUCUGUUCCUGAUAAAGACCGGCUCGUCCAAAUUCUUAGUAAAAUAAACUCCUUAUCUAAGAACGCAGCUCCAAAGUUGACUGGUUUUGAUCUAAAUGUUUCACAACCUGCGCAAGAGUCUAUUGAUCAGUCAUGCAAAACAAAUGCGAAUCAGACUGCUCCAUCAACCACCGACUUGCUUGCAGUUCUCUCUUCAGCACUUGCAGCAUCAGCAUCUGAUGUCCUUGCUUCUUUAUCGCAAGGGAGCAGUUACAGUAGUGGUGAUGAUAAGACCAAAAUGCCCUCUGUGGAGACCGCGACUGAUGCUAAUUCUCAUAGCAAGCCAGCUCAAAACUUUCCUUCGGUUGGGAAUGGGCGGCCACCAUUGGACUCUUCUCACCGUCCUCGUCAAGAACCAAAACAAACUUUGCCAUUGCAGCUUUUUGGCUCGGCUGAAGAAGAUAGUCCUCCGAAAUUUGCAUCUUCUGUGAAAUAUUUCUCCUCUGAGAGUAGUAAUCCCAUGGAUGAAAGAUCUCCUUCGUCUUCUCCUCCAGUGGCUCAAAAGCUCUUUCCUCUACAUUCUGCAGCUGAAAGGAAGCAUGAGAGGAUGUCGGUUUGCUGGGAGGAUGAUGGUGCUGUUGAUGCAAGCACAAGUCAUCGGUGGUCAACUCCAUUGGAGCUCUUUAAGGAGUCGGAAAGACAAGCUGAGAAUGGGGUGGUUCAUAGUAUACCAUAUCAAGGGGGCUACACUUCAUCCUCAGUAUCAGACCACUCACCUUCGAGUUCAAAUUCUGAUGCUCAGGAUCGUACUGGGAGAAUAAUUUUUAAGCUCUUUGAUAAGGAUCCCAGCAAAAUUCCUGCAGCUCUCCGGAGUCAGAUUGUCAACUGGCUCGCUCACAGCCCAUCGGAAAUGGAGAGCUACAUUCGACCUGGCUGUGUUGUCUUGUCCAUUUAUGCAUCGAUGCCAUCAUUUGCUUGGGAUGAACUUGAAGGAGAUCUUCUUCAUCGGAUCAAUUCACUUGUCCAAAAUUCUGAUUCAGAAUUUUGGAUAGAUGGGAGGUUUUUGGUCCGUACAAGUAGACAACUAGCAUCACAUAAGGAUGGUAAAGUCCGUCUUUGUAAAUCUUGGAGAACAUGGAGUGCUCCUGAGAUAACCUCUGUCUCACCUGUUGCUGUUGUGAGUGGGCAGGAAACCUCCCUAGUUCUAAAAGGUCGCAAUUUGACCAUUCCUGGAACCAAAAUCCAUUGCACAUUUAUGGGGGGAUACACUUCAAAAGAAGUUCUUGGUUCAGCAUAUCCCGGCACCAUUUAUGACGAUGCUAGUGUGGAGAGUUUUACGCUUCCUGGAGGAAUUCCCAAUUCUUUCGGCCGCUGUUUUAUUGAGGUGGAAAAUGCUUUCAGAGGGAACAGCUUUCCUGUUAUUAUAGCCAAUUCUAAUAUCUGCCAAGAGUUGAGAGCCCUUGAAUCCGAGUUUGAGAACGAAGUAGGAACUAGGGAUGUUACUUCUGAAGAACAAACUCAGGAUAAUGGGCGCCCCAGGUCAAGAGAGGAUCUCCUUCACUUUCUAAAUGAACUCGGUUGGCUUUUCCAAAGAAAGAAUAGCAUUGAUCCUCGGUUCAUGGAUUUCUCCACUACCCGUUUCAAGUUCCUCUUGACAUUCUCAAUAGAGCGUGAUUGGUCCUCUCUCAUCAGAACUCUUCUUGACAUACUAGCAGAGAGAAGCUUGAACAAUGAUACCUUAGCGCAGGAAUCACUAGAAAUGCUUCUCGAGAUUCAGUUAUUAAACCGAGCUGUAAAGAGAAAGUGUAGAAAGAUGGUUGACUUGCUUCUCAGUUACUAUGUGAUUAUGGGUGAGCCUGAGUGCAGUGGUUCCAAGAUCUAUCUUUUCCCUCCAAAUUCGGUUGGCCCUGGUGGAAUAACCCCCUUGCAUCUAGCUGCAUCAACACAGGACUCUGAGGACAUGGUUGAUGCUUUGACAAAUGACCCACAAGAGAUUGGUAUGAACUGUUGGAACUCAAUUCUAGACGAGAGUGGGCAGACUCCUUACAUGUAUGCAUCGCAAAGGAACAACCACUUCUACAACAGGCUCGUGGCUAGGAAGCUCGCAGACAGGAAGAAUUGUCAAGUGUCAAUAAAUGUCGAAGAUGAGAUAUCAAUGGACAAGUCUUGGAUCGUCGGUGAAGGAGAGAAAGUAGAUACUGUGAGAACACUUGAAGUAACCUCUUGUUCUAAAUGCGCCUUCAUGGAAAAAGCACGGGGCAAACGGAUUGGCCAUACCCGUGGGUUGCUCGAACGCCCAUAUGUGCAUUCGAUGCUCGCCAUUGCUGCAGUCUGUGUUUGUGUCUGCUUGUUCUUCAGAGGCUCGCCUCAAAUUGGCUCAGUUGCUCCCUUCAAGUGGGAGAAUUUGGACUUUGGCCCAAGAUAAUCGAAAACGGGGGUAAUUUGUUCUGGUGUUGGUGUUUAUUACUACUACAUAUUAAUGCAUAUGCUUAUCUUGCUUUCAUCUUGCAGCUUACCCUUUUUUUGUCUGUUAUUUAUGUUGUUCUUUAUGUGUAUCAACAAGAGAGUGCUAUGAAAUUAAAUUACAUGGUGAUGAUAGAAGUAAAGAACAUUUUUUUGUUCUGUUUUUUAGCUCUGUAUUUUACUAGAAUAGAUUCAAUGACACCAUGACAUAUUCUUUUGUUCGUUUA